AACGUUCCGCCCGGCCAUUAACUCCGCCCAGCUGUGUGAUCUGAUUGGUGGAUGAAGCAAUCGCCUCAGAAUCCCUGGAUUGGGGGCGGGGCUUGUGGUGUCACUGGAAGAGAGAAGCCCAUAGAAAGAGAUCAAUAUCCGAUCUCGUCAUGGAAUUUCUGUGCAGAGUAUUGAUGAGAGGGGGAGGGGAUAGAUAUCCAGUGACCGCACUCCCCGUGUACACACACCAAGCUUCCUAUGGUGGUCACCACUUCUCUCCCCGCUACAUCCUGAUCUUGGGUGGUCUUUUGCAGUGACCGGCGAUGGGGAACACAGAAAGUAGCGUCUUCCAGAAGCGCCUGGCGCAGAUCCCCCCUGCUGACCAGCUUGAAAUUGAGAGCAGUUUUGAAAAUCUAUGCCAAGCAAAGAACUCCUCCAAGAAGGGCCUGGGAUUGGCUGCUUUCCAGGAUUCCAUCGGGAACUCCCUGCCCAGCGCCAUGUCUAAUCGGAUCUUCCAUGGUAUACAGAGCCAGAACCCUGCAAGCAAGGCCUCUCCUGCCCCCACGGAGAUAAGUAUAGAGCAAUACGCUUUGUUCAUUGUCGAUAUUCUGAGAGGAACAGUGGAUGAGAAAGGCGCCGUCGCCGUUCACAUGAUGACAUCAGACAACAAAGAGGUAGUGACAGGACAAGAGGUGCAGAAGUUCCUGGAGGAUCUGAUUUGGGCGGUGGUGUACGUACUACAACGAGAAAACGCAUUGCGCGGCUGGAGCCUGGAAAACACCCACGACUGUAAAUCAGGGACGCUCACUCUGGCCGCACAGCUGCUGUCACCGUUACAUUCAGCAGGUGAACAGACCGUUAAAGAGGUGGAGCGCCUUAGUUCCUCCUACACCCAGACCUCUAUAACAGACUGGCUGUACAAGACUCCAAUGGUUUCUAUGUUUCUGCGGAUCGUGGUGAGGCUGGGUUUGUCCAUCAUGAGGAAGAGAACAGAGCAGCAGCUGGACCUCGGCUCUCUGGUACCAAAAUGUAAGAAAGGCAAGCUGACGUCCUUCUGCAGCCUCCUGGACUUCCCUUCCGUCAUGUUUCUGAAUUCUCACCUCCCCUCUGAAAUGCAGCAGCGCUGGCGUCUUCUCUUCUCCACCCAGAUUCACGGAGAGAGCUUCUCCAAGCUCUGUGGACAACUGGUGGACCAGGGACCGAGCCUGCUGGUUCUCCGGGACUCUGACGGCUCCAUCUUUGGAGGGUUCGCCUCGCAGAGCUGGGAGGUAAAGCCACAGUUUAAAGGAGACAGCAGAUGCUUCCUCUUUACUGUGUCCCCAAAUCUUAAUAUCUACACCUACACUGGUUAUAACGACCACUACAUGUACCUGAACCACGGACAACAGACCAUGCCGAAUGGACUGGGCAUGGGAGGACAACAUGAUUAUUUUGGUCUGUGGAUCGAUAGUAACUUUGGGAAAGGACACAGCAGAGCCAAGCCGCGGUGUACCACCUAUAACAGUCCCCAGCUGUCCGGGAAAGAGGAUUUCGCUAUAGACACCAUGGAGGUCUGGGCACUUGGAGAGCUGCCGGAACACCUACAGGCCAAAAACAAGAAGAGUGUCCUGGACGCGAACCCGGAGGUGCAGGCUCUGCUGGAGAUGACAGGAAGGGCUCGUCAGAGCGAAGGACUGAGGGAUAAAGAAGAAGACGACGAGUAGAGAUAAAGAGGAUCCUCUGUGACAAGUUGUUCAGCUGCAGAGCCUCUGUAGGAUGAGUUUGUAUUUCCAUAUUGGGACCACAUGGGGGCGACACAGCAGAGAUCUAACUGGAGACCUGUGCUUCAGGAUGUGUGCUAAUCUCGGGAGUCUACUGGUUACUGAUCAGCCCUGUGGCUUGCAGCUCCUGUUCCUCCUCUCUGGGAAGAAAGUUCUGCUUUAUGUACUUUGACCUGCUUAAGCGAAUUGCAUUGAACACAAAGGAAGACUCUAAUUUUGUGUUCAGACACAGCCAGAUACCUCGACCAGCAGGACUGGCUGACCUAUUGGGUGCUUCUUCCAGGUACCUCUCCCAGAAUUGCAUUUUCAGACACAGGUCAGCAAUGGUAGUCUACAUAACUCUAAUAGGAAAUCUUUCCUUGAAAACUAAACUCCAAACAGAUACGAUAAAAAUAAAAUGACACUUGGCGGAACUCA